AUGAAAGAGGAAUCACCAUCGGUAUUAAGCACUUCUGCAAUGCCGUCACCAGAAGAACUAAUACGGAAGAAGCUAGAAGCACUACCCCAUGAGCAGUUGAAGAAACUAAUAAAUGAUCAACUUGAUUUGGAAAUCAGAAUAAAACACAAGGAAUUGAAUAUGGCAGAAGAUGAACUAAGCAAGACCGAAUCGCAAAUGUUGCUUCUACGGAAAUUCCUAGAUAUUCCCAAUAACGAUACAUCCAAUGACAACAACUUGACGGUAAAGUAUUACGAUUUACUAAGCAGAUCCUUGAAUGCAACGUAUGAAAGAUUCAAGGAAAUUCCCACGUCUGGUCUGGCCGCAGCACCACUCUCCAAUGUCGAUCCAAUAAACCCGCCUCCAGGACACUCAUAUAGGACAAGAUCUACUACGUCGUCCUUACGUCCAACUGCUUCUACGUCGGUGCUACGACCAUCCAGUGUUGGAUGCUUAUACCGUAGGUCUGAUGGCGUGGUUGUGCGUUUGACUUGUCCCGAUUGCCUUCGUUACAACUUUUCAUCAGCACAGGGGUUCUUAAACCACAGCAGAAUUGCACAUUCCAAAGAAUACACGUCACAGGACACUGCCGCAAUAAAAUGUGGGGAAGUUCUUCCUGACAUUCCACAAGAUUCAGUUGGCCAAAAUAGUAUAAAGAUAUUGCAAGAGAAGGGAUUGGAUCCUUCAAAACACCUAAACGUGAGUGAGUUUUUGUUCACGGAGGAUCUGGCGACACCCCAGACGGAUGCACUUCAAAACUUUGAGUUCCCAAAGGGGGAUGGAAAGGUGCCGGAAGGCAAAGCAUCCAAUCGUGCACCCUCUCUGAACGAGCUCUUGAAGAAAUUAGUAAAAGAAGGUAAAAUGGAACCUUCUGAGUAUGAGAAAUUGGUUUUGGAAACACGCAAGCCUGUUAGUGAUGCCCACUUGUUUGACGAUGAAGUCGAGAGCAAUGAGAGCGGAUCUCCAAUUAGCGAAGCCCCAAGUGCAUCUUCAGUAGUGAAUCUAGGGGAGAGAAAGAGAAGGCAAUCUCGAGGAGGUAUCAAUAUCUCUUCGUUAAGCGCAGAAAUUGCAAGUCCCACAAAGCACCAAGAAGCGGGAGGGGGAGGAGAUGUCGAUGGAAGCUCAAAAGAAGAAGAAGAAGAAGAAGAAGAAGAACCAGUUGAAAAAAAAGGUCGUAUGUAG